AUGUUGAGAUUCAAACUGCAUUUACAGAUAUUACCUUGGAUGAUAAUAAAUAGAUCUAAUCAACAAGAUAGACGAAAUACAAAAAAUGUUAAUAAAGAUAUCAUUAAAAGUGAUGGCACAGAACUAAGUCCUAUUCUAGGAUAUUCCGAAGAACCUCUACUACCACUUGCACAAGCAUGUGCUCCAUUAACUGAUAUCUUUCAUAAUUUAUCAUUCUAUGUUCAAUUAUCAUUAAAAGAAACUCCUGAACAACCACCUGAUGGAUUAUCAAUUGAUGAAAAUGCUGCAAUUCGUCUUUAUUCAACACUUAAUUUUAAUCUUAAAAAUAAUGAUCGGCAAGCACUUCUACCUUUUCACAGGUAUCUCAAAUUGUUCUUAACUGCUCUUAUUAAAUUACCAUGUGUUCCACCAUUAACUGUUUGGCGAGGAGUAACUAAAAAUUUAAGUGAAGAAUUUCCACCUGGUAGUGCUAUGACAUGGUGGGCAUUUUCAUCAUGUACUACUGAAAUGACUGUACUUGAAAAUAAUAUGUAUUUGGGUCAAGAAGGUGAUGGAACACUUUUUUCUGUUGAAGCUAUCAAUGGUCGAACAGUAAAAGCUCAUUCACAUUUCGUUACUGAAGAUGAAAUUGUUCUUAUGUCAGGUACUCAUAUGAUAGUUCAAUCACAACUUGAGGGUGUGUGA